CAACAGGAAACUCAUGAGGAAGUUUGCUUUCUUUCUUUCUUUCUUUUCUCAGAGCUCUCAGAUAACUGACUAGCCUACCGUUUAAGAUAUUGACAUUUAAAUGUUUGUGUUGAUCUUGUCUGGACUUCAGAUCAUACAUAACUCUUGGUGAAUAGAUUUCAUCACUUACCAGACAAUUGACACACCCAACAUGAUUUCACAGAAGAGGAAGGAGACAAAAUAGUAACGUUUUUUUCUUCUUUCUGUAGUCCUCAGAUUGCACUUGUGGUGGGUGUCGUGCUGCUUUUCUGUGUGGUGAAAGAGUAAUAUCUUCCUAUUUUAUUUCUCUGAAUACUGGUCAGACUGCAAACUUCCUCGACAAAGGGCCAGACAGAGCAUUGCCAGGGCGUAGCAGCAAGAUACAAGGAGCCAUUUUCUGACAGGCCUCGAAGUCGAACAUGCCUGUGGAUAUGACUGCACCGUAACAGAGGAGGUGUUGCAGCCAAUUGUCUUUCAAAGGAUUUUGUAUUUCAUUUAUAUUCAGAAGAAGAGAAGGGAACAAUGAGUUUUGACCGAGUGCCAUCCAAGUCAGUGGUAAUGGACUGGAAUCCACACCAAUUGGCAGACUACAUGAAGAAGUUGAAUUUAAGUGGCUGCGAUAAAGUCAUUAUGAAAUGUAGCAUAAGUGGAGAAAGGUUCUUGAACAUGACUGAAAAUGACCAUCAGAAAUUCCCCAAAAUCCAUGCGCCACUCAUCUCCAAAAUCUGCAGUGAAAUCAACAGGAAAGAAGAAAAAAGGAGAUUCUUUACUAAAAGAACUGCAGCACCAAAAUACGAACCAGCUAUGCCGCAAGAGGAUCAGCCCUGGGGACCGGAUGAAUUUGAUGAGGGGAGUGACGAAGACUAUGAGAAUCCAGAUGCUGAGGAAGAUGAUGGCAGUGGGGGAGAUUACGAGUCACCAACAGAGGGAGUUGGACAUGAGGACAGUGACAACGGCUAUGAGUCACCUCCGUCUGAGGCGCCUGAAGAGAUUCCCCAUCAGCUCCGUGCUGCCAAGCCCAUGGCUGACGGGGAAUACAUUGAUAGUACACCGCACCGCAGUACAGCUAGAAGCCAUCCUCCUCCAACAACCCAACGCCCUGGGGCUGGUCCUCCAAUCCCCUCUGCCAGUCACCCUAGUCUGCUGCAGCCUCCCCCAACCAGAAGAGAGCAAUCUCCCCAGCACCCUGGCAGAAUAACUGGCAAGUUGCCUGCUACUUCCUCAAAUGCUGCCCCCGCUCCACCAGUUGACCGCAGAAGAAAACCCACCAAACUGGAGCACACAAGACCUGCUGAAUCUCCAAUACCAGCAAUGAAGUUAAACACAACUAAUAUGCCUGCUCCACAUUCAUGGAGGCCUCAGGCAGAAGAGAGGGGUCCAGAUCCUCCCAGAAUGCCCAAACCUCCCCUCCCUGUGUCAAGUAGUGUCAGCAGGAGCAGCUCGUCGGUCGGCAGAGCCCCGCUGAACAACAACAGAUAUGUGCCUGAUGCAAGAAAUGAGGUACAAGAUGAUGUGCCCAUGCCCAAACCAUACAACUCCAACACAUUUCCUAGACCAGGGCACCCUAGAGCAGCGCUCCCCGGACCACUCUUACAUUCAGACGGCUUUCCUCCUAAUAUCGCUUCCACUGCAUCUCUACCUUCAAAACUGCAGGCACUGCAGGCAUCCAUCUCACCCAGGGGCAGUUCUAGGAUUGUGCCAGACAGACACAUUAUGCCCGCUCCGCCACCUAUGCAAGCUUCUCUCCCCCCACCGGCAGACCUAGAGGAUGAACAGGACCUGAACCCUCAGUGGUACGUUGGUCAGGUGACACGGGGUCAAGCGGAGGGCUGUCUCAGACAGGUCAACAUGGACGGUGCAUUUCUGGUACGGGAUAGUUCGAAACGUUCGUCCAUUCAGCCCUAUACACUCAUGGUACUCUACCAGGACAAAGUUUACAACAUCCAGAUCCGCUGUGAACAGAAUGAGUUUCUGCUGGGGACUGGUCUGAAGGUCUCAGAGACCUAUCCGAUGGUGGCACACAUCAUCACCCAUUACAGACAAUCACCGCUUCUGCUGAUUGAUGCUAAGAACCGUGGAUCACAACAGCAGAGCCAGUGUCCCCUGAUCUACCCAGCAGGCCGAGCACUAGCACAUCUCUACCCGUCCUUUUAACAGACAGCUGAGCCAGUGUCCCCUGAUCUACCCAGCAGGCCGAGCACUAGCACGUCUCUACCCGUCCUUUUAACAGACAGCUGGGGGAGUGAUAACAAUAACAUGGAGCAAUAGUCAAGAUUCACAGUGGUUUUAAAGGACUGCCACUAACAUUAUGGGUGGAAGGACUUAUGCAACCUUUGAAUUGCAGUUCAUAGUCUUUUACAUGUAAGGUAAUUUCAUGUAAAGACAAGUGACUCUUGGAUUGAGAUGGUAGGUAUGGUACAUCUCUGUCAACUGUUCACUGUAUGGACCUCAGAAAGAAAAGUCCAUAUACACAAUAAUAUUCGUAGUUUUUGUCUCAAUGUGUAUUUUAUUAUUUCAGUAUUGAAAGCACAAAAGCUGAAAAUGUGCAUGUGAGUAGUUAUGUAAAUGCCUGUGUUUGCUCUCUGUUAUUUCCCUGUUACAUGCAAUGGAAAGGUCUAGAAUAGCAGCUAGCUCUGCAAUGAAUCAGAAGCAGCAUAUAUUAUCCAAGUAAGGAAAUAGUGGGGUAGACAGUCAGUCACAACUGCUGAGCUUUUUUAAUAUGGAUUUUGUUUCAAUUUCCUGCAUUGUUUAAUGGUUAAAUGAAAACUAUAUUCUUUAAUCUCUCACACUGUAUGUUCUAUAACAUAGCUAUUAUCAAUAUUUCAAAUAAACGUUUGCAAUUUCUUUAUUGGA